UGUUUUCACCAUGCAGCCUCUCCUGUCUGGGGUAAGAGGGCAGAAGCCAGAUAAAUAGUUUUGCCUUGUGUUUUUAGCAAAAAGAAUGGUCUGUAAACUCAGAAUGGCUCCCAGGCAGCAGGCGAGCUUUGUUCUCUGCGUUAUGGAUCAACAUUCCACCCCAGGCCACGAGUUUCAGUAGUCCACAUUUUGGAAGAGGUUAUCCACUUUCAUUUUUGCAGUUUAUGUGGAAAAGCAAUCAAAGGAUUUAAUUGCAAUACUGCUUUCAUUUUUUUAUUCAGGACCGUCAGCUCUACAGCACAUAAGCAGGGAGAUUUCUAACAGAACAUGAAUCCAGGACAGAAAAUUUUCCAAGAGUAUCUGACAAACCAGGGCACUGUGGUAAAGCCUUAUUGCUGGCAGACAUGGAGCCAAACCUGUGCUAAGUGUCCCUACCACAUACGGACAGGUGAAGAAGCAAGAGUUCCAUACGCAGAGUUUCUCAGGGCCUUUGGAUUCCCAUGCAGAACCACAGCACAUCCACAAACCCACCACCUUCUCUUCUACGAACUAAAGAGCUUCUCUGGCACCGUAGUCCAAAAGGGCCACGCCACCAGCUGUGCUGAGCAGGACAACCACCCGGAAUCCAUGCUGUUUGAGGCAGACGGUUAUCUGGAUGCAGUGAUACAUGCCUACAGAAACAUUGGCUGCAUCACCCUCUAUUCAAAUUACUCUCCUUGUAACGAGGCUUACCACUGCUGCGUAAGUAAAAUCUACAAUUUCUUGCUGAAGUACCCAGAAACAACGCUCUGCCUCUACUUCUCCCAGCCUUACCACACCGAGGACAGCUUCCCCACGGCCACAUGGAACCGCCAAGCCCUGCACAGCCUGGCCAGCCUGUGGCCACAGGUCACACUGCAACCACUGCCUACGGGGACUCGGUGUCACCUCCUCUCCAACUUUGUGUACGGCAUCCCGGGGUCAAUGCUUCAGCAUCCAGCUUCACCGCCAGGAACCUUAUCAGAUCGACAGAAUCCACAUCAAAUUAACAACUUAAGAGGAGUGAAAACCUACUGUAGGAAAGCAUUUCCACAAGCAACACACGGAGAGCCUGCUGUGCAGCAAAACCCAAAGGCCUUUUCUUUCCCUCACCCUGCCUUCCAGCAGCCUUUACCAGUGACAAAGGGCAGCCUGCCACAUCCCGUGUCUCAAAGCCACUCAGUGCUUUUCCCAGGCUUGUUUCUGUCCUCCCACAGGGAACAUCUCCACCCCAGACCUGUAAAUGUUGUAAGGCAUUUAAAAAUGCCUAAGGAGUUAAUCAGUGAAAGUCAUUAUCCUGAAGCGCUGCUGGCCAGCAGGAACCGACAGCGAAGGUGACAUUACCCAAACCACCUCCAGGCUGUAAAACCAAGAGCACAAACAGCCAAAAACCUCACAAUGAUAUUGCUUCUGAUGAAUGUAAAUGCAGGGAACAACUGCAGAACUUGAAAAAUAACUGACUGUGAGGAUAAUGGUACGAGUGCUGUGUUCAGUUCUGGGCAAGAAAGACACUGAGGCCCUGGAUUGUGUCCAGAGAAGUGGAUGGAGCUGUGUGGGGCACAGUGUGAUGGGGAGCGGCUGAGGGAACGGGGUGGGGCAGUGUGGAGAAGAGGAGCUCAGGGGAGACCUCAUUGCUCUCUGUAAUUGCCUGAAAGGAGGCUGUAGUGAGGUGGAGUUGGCCUCUGCUCCCAGGUAACACCGACAGGGUAAGAGGCGAUGACCUCAAGUCGCACCAGGGGAGGUUCAGGUUGGGUAUGAGGACGGUUUCUUCUCAAAAGGAGCGGUGAGGCGCGGGCACAGGCCGCCAAGUGAGCCGGGGCUGUAAUAGCAGCGCUCCUCUCACGGCUGAGGCGGCGGCGCCCGCCCCGUCACCACGGUAACGGCGCGCCGGGCUGACCAAUGGCCGCUCGCCUCACCCCGAGAGAUCUUCUCGCGCCGCGAGAGCGGGCCCCGCAGCGCGCCUGCGCAGUGCGGCCGGCGGUAGGCGCCUGCGC